ACAGGAGAAGUGGGACUGUGCAGAGUCCAUACAUACAGAAUAGGGACAGAUACCGAGAAUGACACCCGGCAUCCGGGACAGGGAGAAGUGGGACUGUGCAGAGUCCAUACAUACAGAAUAGGGACAGAUACCGAGAAUGACACCCGGCAUCCGGGACAGGAGAAGUGGGACUGUGCAGAGUCCCAAGAAUUGUACCCGGCAUCCGGGACAGGAGAAGUGGGACUGUGCAGAGUCCAUACAUACAGAAUAAGGACAGAUACCAAGAAUUGUACCCGGCAUCCGGGACAGGAGAAGUGGGAC